UCAUUACCGGACACACUCCCAUCCAGCAGGCGGCGGUGUGGACAUUGAAUGUUAGUGUGCAGCUCGCAGGAGGACCAGAGGACCAGGACGGAGCAGCGGUGAACUAGUAGAGACUACCGUGAUGCUGCUCUUCCCUAGAACGAGCUGUAUUUAUCCUCAGAUAUGUCACCGUGUGAACUCACAGCUCAGCAUGGUGACAGCGCGGAGCAGCAGCAGCCUGUUUAACCAGCUCAGGAGCUCGUCUCGCGUCCCGGUGGUUCGUCCGUUAACUACGUUACAUCCCGUCUGUCAGCCUCACAAGUGGUUUGAGAGCAGAGUUGAUGGUGAUAGUUGGAGGAAAUACAUCCAUCUAACACCACAAAGGUUGGAGAACCCCACACCUGUGCCCUUAAGUGAGCUGCCGGAAGCAGCGUAUGAGAAGCUGGCAGAGGAGACGUUGGAUGCUCUGACUGAUUAUUUCGAAGACCUGAGCGAUCAAGCGUUCACUGGAGAAGACUUCGAUGUUGUCUUCUCUAGUGGGGUGUUGACAGUGGCGCUGGGCAUGGGCCGUGGCACCUACGUCAUCAACAAGCAGACACCAAACAGACAGAUCUGGCUUUCUUCUCCCACCACUGGGCCAAAGCGCUACGACUGGACAGGUGCACGCUGGGUGUACGCUCAUGAUGGUUUGAGCCUCCACCAGCUGCUUUCUCAAGAGUUUUCCAUCAUCUUCAAUAAAAACAUGGACCUAAAUGACCUGCCCUAUGCCUGAGGUCACCACACCUGCUAAUGACCCGCUUACAGUAGAAAUACUGUGACUCAUGAAACAACUGUUAGAUCUUAUCGGAGCCAAAGACACAGAGUAUGUAUACAUACAUACAUACACAACGUCACAAUAAUUUAUAAGUGUUAGCCCUUAGGAGAUCAGUUGUAUAUAAUGAGAGAUCUAUAUGUGUGAGCUGUUCUGCUGUUAUAUCUAUGUUCUAUAAUAUUGAAUUGCACAUUUGUAUUUCAUGUUUAUUUCAUUAAAAAUUUGAAACAACCCACA